AUGGCUACCACCGAGCCAUAUGGCCGGCGGCUCAUUCCCAACAUUAUCGACGAGCGAGCUCGCAUCGAGCCUGAACGUCCUGUCUACUCUAUCCCUUCUAUGUCACAAACUGUUCCAAUUUCUUCGAGCGCGGUCUCACAAGAAUUCACCGAUAUCUCUGCUCGCGAGUUUGCCGAUGCAGUUGACAAGGUCGCUUGGUUGCUUGAUGCUGAAGUAGGGAAAGGCAUAUCUUUCCCGUCUGUUGGCUACAUUGGUCCACAUGAUAUAAGAUACGCUCUGGUGGUCAUUGGAUGUAUCAAGGCUGGAUACAAGGCCGUCAUUAUCUCUCCGCGCAAUAGUAUUGAGGCAGAUCUGGCACUCCUCGAGGCAACUGACUGCAACAUCUGGUUGCUACCUAAAACCCAUCCUGAGUUACAAUCUCAGAUCCUGGCUCGCCGACCUACGAAGGUGCUGACGAUUCCGGAAAUCGACGAGCUUUUGGAAAGCACGCCAGUCCCUGGGUUUCCGUACAACAAGACAUUCCAAGAGGCUUCAUCGGAGCCGUUCUGUGUCCUGCACACUUCCGGUUCGACGGGUAAUCCGAAACCUAUCAUCUGGAAGCACUCGAUGCUUGCUACCCUGGAUGCCACGCGCCUGCUUCCAAAGCAUCUUGGUCGUCCUCCAUGGGUGGUGGUUUUUGAGGAAGGAGAUCGGUUCUACUCAUCCUUUCCCUUCUACCAUAGCGCAGCGAUGGUGAUGAAUGUUUUGAUCAAUGCCUUUUACGGCACCUGCAACGUGCUUGGUCCUGCUCAUGUCCCUGCCAGUCUAGCUCUGAUCGACUCACUUCUCGAUCACGCGAAGGUCAAAAUUUGGCAUAUCGUCCCUUCCAUCGUUGAUGAGAUUGGGGAAACCUCGGCGAUUCACGGGAAGUUCAAGGACGCUAAGAUGAUCAUCGCAUCUGGGGGUCCUGUCGGAUAUGACAGCUCGAACAAGGUGACGCCUUCAGUACGAGUCAUGAACCUUACAGGCACAACGGAAGGUCUCUUUAUGGGAAGCCUGCUGGUCGAGCGGGAAGACUGGAUCUAUUUUGCUUUUCACCCAUAUGCCAAUUUCGAUUUUAAAGAGAUCGAGCCUGGGGUCUUCGAGCACUGCAUCGUGCGGGACGAAGGCAAGGUUGGCUUUUUCCAAGGCAUCUUUCACACAUUCCCAGAUAUACAAGAAAUGUCACUCAAAGACCUCUAUGCCCGACAUCCGACAAAGCCUGGCCUUUGGAUAUACAGUGGGAGAACGGAUGAUGUAGUUGUGCUAUCGAACGGUUACAAGAUUCACCCCAAAGAUAUGGAAGCUAUUAUCAACAGCCAUCCAGCUGUCAGCGCAUGCCUAAUAAUUGGGACCGGAUACUUCCAGGCCUCGCUUCUCGUUGAACUGGUGAAUCCCCGAGCAAGGUCGGCGGAGGAGCACCAAACACUCCUAAACAGUAUCUACGAGACAGUGAGGCAAGCUACCAAGUCUAAACCUUCGUAUGCAACUAUCACAAAAGAGCACAUUCUGUUUGCGAAGCCUGACAUGCCGUUCGCUCGAACUGAUAAGAGCACGGUCAAGCGUCGCAUGACCGAGACUCUUUAUGGAUCCGAAGUCGAGCAAUUUUACGAGAGGCUGGGAAGAGGAGACGCACCAAGCUUCGAGACAAUGAUCGACGCUACAUCCCUCGAAUCAACCGCGCAGGACAUUCAGAGACUUAUGAUGAUAUCGCUCUCUUCAGAUAAAGAGGUAGGGCUCGACGACGACCUUUUUGGCGCAGGUCUCGACUCUGUGCUUUCUGUCCGCGCCGUCAGAUGUCUUAGGUCAGCAGCUGAGAGAUACAUCAAAGACUCAACCCUGAAGUCGGCAUUUGCACCGCAUUUCGUAUAUCUGAACCCUACCAUCAAUCAACUCGCAAGCGCGUUCUUCAACCUGGUGAAUGAUGUUAAGGGGGCUCAUAAAAGCCCGGUCGAGAUGCAAACGGAGAAAUUGGAGGAAUAUCGAGCUAAAUAUACUGCGAACCUGCCACAAAUCUCGGGUGCUCAGGCUCUGCUUCGCCAGGCAAAUGUCGGACGGAUAUUCUGCCUCAAUCGGGCAUCUAACGGCGCGGAGAAACAAACUCAAGUCAACAAAGCUCGGGGUUUGACAACCGACUGGCCCGCAGAACGCGUACAAUUCUAUCAAGUCGACUUCUCAGAGCCUAAGUUCGGGCUCGAUGAUGAGCCGUAUGAUAUUCUAUUGCAGCAGACCACGCAUAUCAUCCACUGUCAGUGGCCAGUGAACUUCAACAUGAGCAUCGUGUCCUUUGAGCCGCAAGUCCGCGGCGUUCGGCAUAUCAUUGAUUUCUGCCUGCGAAGCAAGCGCUCGCCAUUCCUGUUCUUCGUGUCAACCAUGGCCACCGUCAGUCAUCUGAAAGAUCGUGCGGAGGUGCUAGAGGCGCCGGUCGAUAGCUUGACGACUGUUCACGGCGGCUACGGCGCGUCAAAGCAGGUGUGCGAGCUCAUACUGCAGGAUGCUUACGAACACAGCGGAUUGAACGGUGCGAUUUGUCGAGUGGGACAGGUGGCUGGGCCCGUACUGCGGUCGGAGGGUAUGUGGUCGAAACAAGAGUGGGUCCCUACUAUCAUCAGAAGUUCAAAGUUCCUUCGUUCGCUACCCGCCACCUUGGGUUCCAUGAACCUAGUCGACUGGAUUCCCGUUGACCUUCUCGGGAACAUCGUCGUCGAGCUUGCUGCAGCAGCGGAGCUCCAUCAUGAACGACAAGAUGGCUUCCAUGAGGUGGAAGUCGAGCUCGAAAAGACGAUACCAGUCUAUCACGCCGUCAACCCCGAGUUUUCAAUGUGGGACGAGCUGGUCUCUGUCGUUAAGAACAGCUUUAGCGACCCCGAUGUCAAAGUUGUUUCCUGGGCUGAGUGGGUUGCUAUGCUUUCCAGCUCACAGCCUCAGACUGUGGAUGUUUCGCAAAACCCUGGGCUCAAAUUACUGGACUUUUUUGAUGCUUUGAGACGCGAUGCGGAGGCCGGCCUGAUGAUGCCGAGACUGGAGACGGAGCGCUCUGAAAUGAAAAGUGGGACUUUAGCUGGGUUGAAACCGGUGGGCACUGUGUGGAUGGAAGCUUGGAUGAAGCAAUGGGCUUUCUGA